UGCUCUUCCAGAUCUAUCACCACCAGUUUUCACCAGAGGGCGUCUUGAUAAACGCCUUCGAUCUUUAUUUGUGCUCUUCCCUCCCUCGCUAAAUCAUCCUCACGUAGUUUGUACUUCACUUACUAGAGAAAAUGAGAGAGUGCAUCUCAAUCCACAUUGGUCAGGCUGGUAUUCAGGUCGGCAACGCCUGCUGGGAGCUUUACUGCCUUGAGCAUGGCAUCCAGCCUGAUGGCCAAAUGCCUGGUGACAAGACCGUUGGUGGAGGUGAUGAUGCCUUCAAUACUUUUUUCAGUGAAACCGGUGCUGGGAAGCAUGUCCCUCGAGCCGUGUUUGUUGACCUAGAGCCUACUGUCAUUGAUGAAGUGAGGACCGGAACUUAUCGCCAGCUCUUCCACCCUGAACAGCUUAUAAGUGGCAAGGAAGAUGCUGCUAACAACUUUGCCCGUGGCCACUAUACCAUUGGCAAGGAGAUUGUUGAUCUGUGCUUGGAUCGAAUCAGAAAGCUUGCUGACAACUGCACUGGCCUCCAAGGAUUCCUGGUAUUCAAUGCCGUUGGUGGAGGCACUGGUUCUGGGCUUGGCUCCCUUCUCUUGGAGCGAUUGUCUGUCGACUACGGCAAGAAGUCAAAGCUGGGUUUUACAGUCUACCCUUCUCCUCAGGUGUCCACAUCUGUUGUUGAGCCAUACAAUAGCGUGCUCUCGACCCACUCCCUCCUGGAACACACUGAUGUGGCUGUACUUUUGGACAAUGAGGCCAUCUAUGAUAUUUGCAGGCGCUCCCUUGAUAUUGAGCGACCUACUUACACCAAUCUCAACCGCCUCGUCUCUCAGGUGAUCUCCUCUUUGACUGCCUCUCUAAGGUUUGAUGGUGCCCUGAAUGUGGAUGUGACUGAAUUCCAAACCAACUUGGUCCCUUACCCAAGAAUCCACUUCAUGCUUUCUUCUUAUGCACCAGUCAUCUCUGCAGAGAAAGCAUAUCACGAACAACUCUCUGUUGCCGAAAUCACCAACAGUGCUUUUGAGCCGUCGUCUAUGAUGGCCAAAUGUGACCCUCGCCAUGGCAAGUAUAUGGCAUGCUGCCUCAUGUACCGUGGUGAUGUUGUGCCUAAGGACGUCAAUGCAGCUGUUGCUACCAUCAAGACAAAGCGCACCAUUCAGUUUGUUGACUGGUGCCCCACAGGAUUCAAGUGCGGCAUUAAUUACCAACCUCCCACCGUUGUUCCAGGAGGGGACCUGGCCAAGGUGCAGAGGGCUGUUUGCAUGAUUUCAAACUCAACUAGUGUGGCCGAGGUGUUCUCGCGCAUUGACCACAAGUUUGAUCUCAUGUAUGCAAAGCGUGCCUUUGUGCACUGGUAUGUGGGUGAGGGCAUGGAAGAAGGAGAAUUUUCUGAAGCUCGUGAGGAUCUUGCUGCCCUGGAGAAGGAUUACGAGGAGGUUGGUGCUGAGUCAGCAGAGGGGGAGGAUGAUGAAGGCGAUGAGUACUAAGAAAUCUAAAAUUUAUCCUGUGUGAUUUCGGCGGAAUGAUGUCAUAUUUUGGCUGGCUGGCCUGCGUGCUUUUAGUAUUUUUCUUGUCUUUUCAAGGGUUGUGUAACAUGUGUCACAAAACCCAAGUUCCAUUCCUAAUUUCUAUAGCCAGACUAUAUUUGGUGCGUUUUA